AGGACUGAACCUUGGGUCCACCCCUUUUUGCUUAUUGUCGUUCUGCUCUUUCCUCUUCAGCUCUUCCUUUUCGUGAGAAACUACUGAACUUGGAAUAAAGGCUCCAUAUUUCCAUAGUCAUGGCACUCUUUUCUUCCCUCACCCCAGUCUUUAUAGCCAUUAUAUGUGUUUUGAUUGGGGUAAUAAUAAAGAAAACUAAUGGAGAGAAGGAAAAACGUGACGUUAAAAGCAAGCUUACAUCUCGCCCAUGGGUGGAUGAAGACUUAAAAGAUGGUACUGACCAUACCUUAGAUGAAGAAGAUGUUGAUGAAGAGUGGCAAGGACUUGAAGAAAAUGUUGCCCAUGUCCCCUUCACUGCAGAGCGCUACUCUGAGGCUGAAAUGAUUAAAAGGUCACAGACAUUUUAUGAGCUUCUAAAUAAGAGGCGAUCUGUCAGGUUUCUUAGUGAUGAGCCGGUCCCCAGGGAGGUUAUCGAUAAUGUCAUCAGAACAGCAGGUACUUCACCUAGUGGAGCACACACUGAGCCCUGGACCUUUGUGGUAGUGCAAGAUCCAUAUUUAAAACGUAAGAUUCGUGAAAUUGUAGAAGAAGAAGAGGAAAUCAACUACAAAAAAAGGAUGGGAGACAGAUGGGUUAAUGACCUGAAAAGAUUCAGAACAAACUGGAUCAAAGAGUACUUGGACACUGCUCCAUAUCUGAUCCUCAUUUUCAAGCAGGUAUAUGGGUGGCUUCCAAAUGGCAAGAAGAAGACGCAUUACUAUAAUGAAAUCAGCGUUUCUAUUGCCUGUGGUAUCCUGCUUGCUGCACUGCAGAAUGCAGGUCUGUACACGGUGACCUCCACACCCCUCAACUGUGGCCCCCAGCUCCGGGUGCUGCUCCAGCGCCCAGCAAAUGAGAAGCUACUCUUGUUGCUCCCUGUUGGCUAUCCCAAGAAAGAUGCUACUGUGCCUGCGCUGACCAGAAAGCCGCUGGAAGACAUCAUGGUGGUCAUGUGAGCCCAGUGCCAAGAGGAAGGAGGGCAUCCCUGCUGACAGCUAGGAAGCAGCAGCCUGAUGAAGUUGUCAUUGCUGUUUCUUUGCAUCAUCCCCCUAUGUCACUGUUGCUCUCUGGCAGUUUACAUCUGUAUUUCUUUUAGUGCUACUAACAGCAGUGAGCAAUCAAGCGCUGUGCAUUUGACAGGUGCUGUUACUUAUGAAACCAGGCAGUUGUUCCAGGGGACAAUGGCAUUUAAAUGACCUUCAUCACUUGAUUUUUCUCAUGCACUAGGGGGACAAAUCUUUCCUUGAACUGGAAUAUAUAUUCUUCUUAUACUUUUCUGAUUGCCAUUACACAGUUAUUUUAAGAAUUUUAAUGAAGGUUGUAUUAAAAGAUAUAAAGAGGUCAGACUCAGCUGGUGCUGCCGAUCCCUGUGCGGGCAGAGCCCCCUCGUGGGGCCGCAGGUACCGCCGGCGCUGGGAACAGCGCAACGUGAAAACGCUGGGAGAGAGCCAUCCUUCCUGCAGGUCUCUGUUCUGUGAAACACUUCCCCACACUGAUCUCUGCUGCAGGCAAAUUCAGCCAAACUGGCUUCAGCCCUCCUUGGGCGUUGGUCGAGAUGACCCGCUGCUCCUUGUCUGAAGUCUAACCUGUGCUAGAGGAAGGUGUCCCUGCCCACAGCAGGUGGAUUUGAGCUAGAUGAUCUUUCAGGUUCCUUCCAACCCAAACCAUUCUAUGAUUCUGUAAUUCUAUAAGUCAAUCCCAUUUAUUAUCACCUGUUGUCAGCCUAGCAAGUGGAGGGGAUAAUAUUUUACAGAGGUACAGAUUUUAGCCAUGUCAAUGCUUCAGCCACCCAGUGGGAAAAACUAUUUUUCUCUUUAGCAGACCAUUUUGCUGUAUUUAGCAGGCAUGCCUAAAUGUGUUCACCUAUUGUACUAAUCUUGUUUCACAUCCUCAGUGAUACAGCUAUGGCAGGAAGCUCUUAAUGCAGGCCUAAUCUAAAAUGAGCUCUUAUAACUAAUAUAAAAUAAAAUAAGGAAGUCCUGUGUCUACACACUUGCAAGGUCUAAAAGGUAGUCAGGGAGAGAGGGAUGGGCUGAACCAAGCCAAGGCUGACCAGCUACAGGUGCCCGGUUAUCAGGAAUACAUUUUAAAGUCACUGUUCCAAGUUUUCCUUCUGUGCAGAUGCUACUCUGCCACAUCAAGCCCCUUCACAAGCAGUUUUUACGUGCUGUAAAAACUAUGUUUGUUUUAAUUCAGAGUUCACAUCAAUAGAGGGAAGAUGAAUCUCUGUCUUGUUGCAACCUCUCCUAUAACUACAGAAAAAAACUGCUGCUUCCUGGUCUCAGUCUGCAAAACACUCAGAGAAGAUUUACCAAAUGAAUUCAGUUUCAAAUAGCAGAAUCUUGCAUAUAUAAGACUAUUUCUAGUAUGAUUUCAUAAUUAAAAAACAAAGAACUAAACCAGUUUAAAAAUACACAGAAAAUUGUCAAAAUAACAAGCAUUGGUAUAUACCACUUAUACUUCUUUGUGCCAAAGAAGAUUAAUGGUGCUUUUUUCCCCUGUGUUGAUUCUGGAAACUAAUAUACAUGUAGUAGUUGAAAAACUCAAGCCCUCACACCCUCACACCAACUAAGUCAAAAAGAUUCUUCUUAGAUCAUGAAAUGUAAGUAAAAUAAGCUUCUUUUCUUUUUUUUUUCCCCUCCCGUACAAAUGCUUAUUCAAUCAGAAAUUCUUCAGUAGUAUUAUAGCUGCUGGUGAUAUUGCAGAGUUUCUUGUAAAUCAUGCUAGUGUUCCUGUAGUGACAAGCCUACUUAGAAUUGCAAGUGUUCUCUAAUAAGUGCACUGUCUUUACUAUUUCACAAUUAAAUAAUAAUAAAUUUUGCCUUUCCAUACAGCACAUUAUUAAAAAAAAAGUUAGCAUUUAAAUAGUUUUACACUUAAUAACCAAUACCUCUAUGGUAUUUGUUCAAUUUCAAGGUAAAAAAAUGUUUUUCUGCUAUCUAAUUGGAGUUUCCCAUAUUUCAACUUGUGUCGGUUGCCUCUUGGCCUGUUGCUAUGCAUCUGCAAGAGAAGUCUGGCUUCAUCUUCUCUGCAUCUUCCAAUCAGGCAGCUGCAGACAGCAAUCAGGUUUCCCCAUUUAUGGGAUUUUUCUUCCUUGAACUGCGUGAACAAAUUUGUGUGCAUUCAAGGAUUCUCACUGUCUGAAGUUUGUCAGACAAACAGGCUUGAAGUCAGGUACAACACAGUGGGUUGCAUCACAGCCCAGAUGAUUAAAGGAAUAAGUAUCACAUGUUGUUGGAACCAUGGCAAACUGCUCGUCUCCUCCCUCUCCAUGGAUGACUAAACUGGCAUUGGUUUUAGUAUGCCCUUGAAUACAGAGCUGUAAGGUGUUGCAGUUCACCUGGCACCUCAUUAGCAAUCCAGCUGGCCAUCAAGUGUGGCAGGAAAGCAUUACCCCUGGGUAAGAACCCAGUCCACCAUCUUCCAUUCCAGACAGGUGAGCCAGAACCCAAAUGACUCUGCUUGAAAAUAAAUAUUUUUUUAAUCUUAGUGAUUCAAAGGUUUGAGGAAACUGUUACACUGGUAUAUAUGCUAUCUCCUUCAUAGCUUAGAACUCACCUAUGUGACUGAGUGCAAGACUCCCAUAAACUAGCUGGGCUGUAGUAACCAUCUAAGUGAACAGCUCUCUGCUUGAAGAAAAUAGCAGGUUGUCAGCAUUUAGCUUCUUUGCAAACAGUUUAAAGCUAAGUGUUGCUAUCUUACAUUUGAUGGAAAUCACUGCCCAAGAACAGCUACUGAGCUGGUCUGAGCUGGUGCACAGGGAGGUCCUGUAAUUUACCAGCUGUGUAUUUGACCAUGGGUAGAGCCUUCCCCAAAUCUUCGUUUGCGAAACCUAGCCAUGAUGAUGACGAUUUGACCAUUUCUUACCAUAUAAAUUUACACUAGUACAAUAGAAGUAAAGCACCUUUUAGGUGCAAGGAAGUACUAACACGGUGCUCUGUAGCCCAGAUGAACAGAAGCAUGCAAGCCCCAAACUCAGGUUGUGGUUUUGCUUUGAUUAAGUUGCAGCACUUCAAAGAUAUUUAAGCAAGUAGAUGUGCAGUCAGCAUCUGAUUGAUUUAUUUCCUUAAUUGCUACAUAAACUUGGGCCCAUGAAAAAUGAAUCUUGAGAAAUAAUCCAGCUUGCACUCCAAGGCAGGAUCACUUGUAUUUGAAUGCCAGGUACUGACAGAACAUGAAUUCACAGUACUAAUCCACUGCUCCCAGCAAAACACUUGAAAGAAAUAAAAACUCAAAAGCUAAUUCUGCCAGCACAUGCAAGUCCUAAGAAGUUUUUGUUUCCAGAAGGGCUCAGCCUUGGCUUCUUGUUGCUGUCACUGAUGAGACCUCCAUGGAGAUCAUUAGGAAGAGGUUGGCUGCUGUAUUUUUUUGAAGAUUUCCACCCACCUGAGCUUAGCCAAAGAACAAACUACAAAAGUAGAACAGAUUCAUAACUCAGAACUCUCAAGGCAUUUAAUUAUUGUUUUGGCUAGCACUACCAAUAUCAGACAUCUAUGAGAGCCCAGUCUUUGCCCAUAUAGACAGAACUCUUCUAUGCUUGUGGAUUGUAAAUAAUGAGAACACUUAAAGGCAUGAAAGCUGGGCAACAAAAUCCAUUCAAAUUUAAGAUGGAGGAAAGUUCUUGAAGCUUGAAUCAGUGCAGCAGCAAGUUACCAGUUAAACAGCACAUGCUGUUACAGGUUUUGUGUGUUUAAUCACUGUUAACCUUAGCUACAAGAUUGGAACUGAGUUGAACUAGUUCUGGUAGAAACAACGAAGGCAGUCCAAGACUCUGGUGACAGUCUAAGGCAUGGAGAAAAAAUACUGAUCAGUGAAAUGGGUAAUGACCAAAACCUCAAGGCAUGAGUUACCAAGUUUUUCAAGACAUAGCAUUAAGAGAGGUUGUGUUUGAAGGAUUUUUAAGAGGUAACCUAUGAAGCUUGGAGUUUUUUAUGAGGAGCUAUCCUGUGCCUGAGGGUGAGUUCUUGUCUGUUACUAAAGAUCUUGUCAUUGAGAUCACAAGUGACUCAGCUUGAAAGGGUGAGACCAGAGUUGGACAGUUUUGCCCUACAAUAUGAUAGUGUUUGUGAAGUUAUCCUGAGGAACACCUCUUGCAAAUAUUAAGUUCAGAGUGUAUAUAUUGGGAGUCAGAUAGUGACAAGCACAGCUGUGGAGACCCACAACAGUCACAGAUAUGCUUCAAAGAGAGGAUCUGCUUUAACAGGCUGAAUUUUUUUCCAUUGGAUAUGCAGUAGAGACACUGGUCUGUAGAUUAUGCACUGGAUUUUAAUGAAGUUUUUGUGUUAUUGUUUUUGUAGUGCAAAUUUUCAAAAUAUCAGAAGGCUUUUAGCAUCUUCAAACUAUUCCUUUAGCUCACUCAUAGGAUGGUAAUUAUUCAUUCAGCCUGCAGAAUUCUCUGUGCAACCAAUGCCAAGGUACCACUCUUAGAUAAAGAGAAAUAUGUUCUCUAGCAACUUACUGUGAAAGACAUCUCUAAGCAAGUAGUACUACCAGGUGCAAGGGGCAACAAGGACCUCCUGGGUUUGCCUUCCUGGAAUAAAUAAAUAUGAGAUGUGAUGUAAGUCACCCUUUUUUCAGUCUGAAGAUCUUAGGCUGCUUUUGAUAACAGCGUAACCUUUGUGUAGCAGUAAACUUGUUUGUUGGGCUUUAUGACAGCAAAAAAGAAACAGAGGAAGACAAGCCACAACUACUAUGCAAUGCAUAAGGAGUCAAAGAGCUGAAAAGAAAAAAAGCUUUCCUAUGCUGGCCAGUAUGUUUGUUCCUGUUUGUAAGCUGGAAUGCAUAAAAUUUAGAGCUCACCAAAUUUCAGGAUAUUAUAUGACUCUUGAAAAAAUCUGUAUCACUCCUGGAAUUACAUGUAAAAGCUACUAAUGAGUGAUGACUUAGCUGCUGCCAAGCAGGACAGUUCUGGCACCACUCCUCUUUGGUGUAGGGCCUUUAAUUAUUCAGAAUACUUCUUAGACUUAAUACAAUACAGCAUCUCAUUCUCUAAUUUUGGUCGCUAUUUCCCUUUUUGCUGGAAAAUGAAGACGGAGCACAUGAAGGGAGAAGAAUAAUUUUAAAUUCAGUGAAACAUUCAUCAAAGCAAAAAGGUGGUAUAAUCAAUAAGCAGAGUUCUGGACAGUUAUAUGUAGCUUUAUAAAUUUAAAUUUUAAAUAAUCGCGUAUUUUACACAGUUUUGCAAAGGUAUAAAGUAAGAGCACCCUCGACUUUAAACCAGGGUGAAUUAUCAAUAAACUUUAGUAGUAGCUGGUCCUGAAAGAGAAGAAAAACAAACUUCAAAAUUACUAAUUUAAACAUUAAUAAAUAGACUAUCUAUUUAGCAAUCAAAAGCCACUGGAAAUACUGACUCAUUUUGAUUAAUUUUCAAAAAGCAUGAAAAGAAUUGUGAUUAUUUCCUUUCACUGCUUUCGAGACCAAAGUAGCAUAUGCAAGUGUAAUCACUUGAAAGAGAAUUAGGAUCUGUUUCAUGCUGAACUGUAUUUCAGAUUGUCCUUGAAAUGAGAAAUUGUAUUUCCAAGCUGUCUACUAGCCAGGAUGUCAAGGCGACAACUGGUCAUCUAUAUGUGGGAUUCCAGAUUGUGUUUCAGCUUAAGGAUAUGUUAUGUACUGAACAGGGCCUGAUAGCUCAUUUCUGUGGCUCAGUGAGGUCUGAGACAAACGUGAUGCACAAACCUUAAAUACAUUAUGCCUUGCAUGUCUCAGUUUGCUACAAUAGCAUCAUAAAUCAGAGGUGAUCAAUGGAUGGUACCAGAUGGAGAUUUCUUGCUGUGACCACGAACUCUGGCUGUGCAAGUAUGUGUAGAUGUGCACGCAUAAAUGGUGUAUCUAUACAUAUAAAGUAUAGGUGAAUAAUGUGGCACAGCAGAAUUUUUUUCGCCUCAAGUGGUUGCAGUUUUGCCACUUUCCCAGGAAGGAAAUCUUAGGCAAAAACCAAACAUUGCUGGUUUUGGAAAAUAGCAAAUUAAGUCUAGGAAAAAAGCUCUAAGGCCAGAAGGACUCUUAAAAAGUAUCUUGCUUCUUACCAGAAAGUAGGAAUGUUUUAUACAGGAUAACCUUUAAGUACUGCUUCUUCCUUCUACAUGGUACAACUUGAGUGCCGUCAUGAUGCUGUUUGUUGUUUAUCCAUUUUCUCAUGUUCUUGACCUCAAUUUCUUUUCUGUCCUUCAUUUCACAUGUCACAUUUGCUAUAGAUAUUUUUUGAGCUUUGAGCAUGGCCUUUAGUAGAAACACAAAAAGUAGCAUUAUAUACAACCCAAAUGGUACUGAACAUCUCAUGAGUUUGACUACUUCAGGGUUUUAGAAGCUCUAAGGCUACUUGUACUCUGUUUACAGUAACUGGAUUUCUUCAACUUAGCAUCCCAGAAUGAGAACUUGAUCAAGUUGGAUCCAUGUUGUUUGUAUGCUCACAGGUCUGACUUCUCCCUGUGUUGUCUCGUUACUGACUAGAUUCAGAACAAAAGCUGACAUGUAAGAAAUAUGGGUAGGUGUUUUGAUUCUAACCUUCAAGGUGGCAUCUUUCUAUAUAGCUGCUCUUCUGUAAUAUCAAAUAAUACCUGAUGGGGAAUUUACUGCAAAGAGGACCAGAGCUAUAGCAUGAUUCUUAGGUUUUGUGUUUGGGUUCUGGAUACAGAUCUCAGCCCUUUUGCAUUACACAGGGUAACACUUUAUGUGUUACCAACUUUCACUAUGCAGCAGUCUGCUCUGUGUGGUUUUAAUAACAGAGUAGAAAUAUCAUCUUUUCCAAGCUAUGGUCAGCCCACAGAGGUAAAUGACUUGACCUUCUCAUACUUAAUGGCACUAAGGAGGAUUUUAGGAAGGAUGCUGGAGGGGCAUCUUGGGAAAUGAAGUCCCGAAGUACUCUCUUGCACAUGGGUAGUGAGAUACCCAUGGUGAUUGGUCAAGGGAGUCACGUGUAGCUUUGAGGUGCAUAUAAAAGGUGAUGUCUCAUUUGAAUAAAGGGAUUUGGUUGCUGAACCGUAAGCCAAGCUGGGUUCGUAUGGAUUUAUUUAUUUAUUGUAUUAAUAAGCCGUAAUAUAUUGAUUCCAUUAGCAAAGCUGGUAAGUUGAGAGUUUCCCACAUGUAACUUAUUUCUGUUUAAAGGUUGCGUAAAUUUACACUUGAAGUACACAUGCAGAAACAUUUGACAGAAAAAAGCAUGGGUACUAUGCAAAAUGUGUUGAGCUGGCAGAAGAGCCAAGAAAACAGUAAGAACAGGUCAGUAGCAAGAUCUUAACUUUUGUGUGCUUAUUUCUACUGUGAUUUUUCUCUCUAUGUGGGUGCAGCACCUGAAUUCCAUUAGAUAUGUAACAAAAAGCGAUUCUCACUCCCAAGUUUGUGUUUUCCUUUUAGCUGGAUUUGUUAUGUUAUCUGUUUAUAAUUUGAUGACAAAACACAAGUAGAAGUAUGAAUCAGCUAUUAAACAAAGGUUAGAGCAAACUGCU